AUGAAGACAAACGAACUCAGGUCAAGGAUUGACAAGAUAAAUGCCGCUGAGUUAAUCGGGAUUAGAACAGAACUAGAGGCGACGAAGCUUAAUCUUCAAAUUGUAACGGCUCAGUGUGAGCAGAAAGACAAUAAAAUCAGAGAAUUAUCAAAAAUAAUCAUAGAUCUUCAGCAACUUGUAAAUGACAAAGAUGCAAAGAUUCGUAAAGAAGAGACACAGCGUCGUGUCCUUCACAAUACGAUUCAAGAACUAAAGGGCAACAUUAUCGAGUAUUCUGCCGACUUCGGCCGCCAAUUAAAGAUGAAGAAGACUGCCCGCUGGCAAAAUUUUCGAUCAGUGACGAUCAACGACGUUAAAGGAGCCAAAAAAAAAAAUGUUCCGUACCACUUUAGCUUCGACAAAAUUUUCAACGAAAAAAUUAAUCAAGAAAAUAUUUUUCAAGAAGUAGAGCAGCUGGUACAAUCAGCACUGGACGGAUACAGGGUAUGCAUAUUCAGGUACGGAACUUUAGGGAGUGGGAAGACCUAUACUAUGGAGGGAGACGCGAGUGAAUACUUUAAUCGAGGAAUAAUACCAAGAUCAAUGGAAAAGGNGUUUUCAAUUGCAUCUUCUUCUGUCUCUGCUUCUGUUUUCCAGUAUAAGAUGGAAGCAAGAUACUUGGAAAUCUAUAACGAGAACAUACGGGAUCUGCUGGCCUCUGACGACUCRCUCAAAUACGAGAUAAAGAUGGUGGGAAACGGAAAGACAAACUCAGACUCUGAAGUGACCGUCACAAACCUAAAAGUUAUACCAGUUGACAACGAAAAACAGGUUUUGUCGCUUCUGAAAACUGCCGCACAAAAUCGCUCUGUUGGCGCAACCAAAUGUAACGAAAGAUCCAGUAGAAGCCACAGUCUAUUUAUUUUAAAAAUAAGCGGAGAGAACACAAUCACAGACGAGAAAUGCCAAGUAAAACAUCAGAUACAAGUCAAUAAAAUGCUGGUUGAUUUUAAUUGCAGAUCACAUAGUAACUGGCGGCCAUUCAGUAUAAAAAUUAAGUUAGCCAACGACGGMCAAUUUCUUGAAGUUAUAGAUGUCCUAGGCCUGGAAAUGGAAGAAGAAAAUUCCAUGGUCCAUGAAGAAGAAGAAUCAGAGGUUGGUGGAACUUGA